AUGUCAUUUUAUGAACUUAUAGAAAAAUUCUAUGAUCCUCAAAUUUGUUAACAAAUUUAGGAUCCAAGAUAACUAUUAAUCAACAUAGCUUCUUCCUAAAUCUUGAAGGAUAAAAAAUAUUAUGCCGAUCAAGAUAGAACAAGAGAUGAAUUGUUUUAAUCACUUCUUUAGAUUGCAGAUAAAGAUCCUGAAUUUAUCUUACAAGUAGCCUAUUACACAAGAAAUAGAUUAUUGGUUAGAGCUACAUCAAAUUUUAUACUAGCUUUUGCUACAAGUUAUGAUGCUUGCAAACCUUACUGUAGGAAAUAUUUUAAUUAUAUUGUGAAAUUACCAACUGAUUUGAUUGAAGUUGCAGAAUAUUCACAUUUGAUGCGGUAUUAUUUGAAACUUGAAUGGUAAGGAUAUUAAAAUGGAUAUCAAAGAUGCAUCCCUUACAGUAUAAAUUGUAGAAAAGAAUUAAAUUUCUCAAAAAUGCUUUAAAAGUGUGGAGCCAACAAAUUUCCAUAAUUUACUAUUCAUUAAUUGGCCAAAUACUGCUCAGAUAGAAGGAGAAAAAGGAUCAUCUAUAGAUUUUCAGAAUUAGUUGAUCCAACCUUGUUUAUGAAGAGGUAUCAUAAAAGAGGUUUAAAACUAAAAUUUUAGUAAUUAGCAGAGAAGAAGUUAAAGAAGAAGGUCAUCAUCAAAUAAGAUAGGAAAAAGGCUAGGUAAAUAUAAAAGCAAAUUCAAAAAAAGUUGAAAUACUCAAAAAAGUAAAGAGUAGUUAAAUCAUUAGAAAGAAAAUUCAUUUCCAUGAAGGAUCUUAUUUAAAUGUUUCACAUAAGCCAACCAAAAUAUAAUGUUAUGUGUAUAUUGAGAUGUCGAUACCCUCUAAACCAAGAUGAAUUCAAACAGUUAUUCCCACAAGAUGACAGAGUAUUUGAAUAACAGAAAUGUGGGAAAAGAAUGAAACUACCCAAGAUUGUCACUUGGGAAAGGGAGUUGAGUUAAUAAAAUAAUGAUAAAGUGUGGGAUAAAUUAAUCAAAGAGAAUAGAAUUACAUUUUUAGCUACUAUUAGAAAUCUUAGAAAUAUCCUUUCUGGUUAUCUAUCACCAAAAGCAUUCUCAUUGUUGCAAUAAUACCUAAGCAAUCCUUAAAUAAUUUAAUAAAACAAGGUCACAAUGUUGCAAUAUUAUAAGACCUUGGAAGUACUCAUUUAAAUGAAAAAUGAUAGAGCAAAUUUAAUUUAUAAAUUAAUUUCAAACGCUAUUAACAUGGCUGUUAAUGCUAUACCCACAAUUCCUGGAAAAACCCAUAUCUUUGUUGAUGUAACUGGAUCAAUGAGUUAUGAAUUAGGAAAUAAGAGCUUAUAAACAGUUGCCUUUGUAAUAUCAUAGGUCUUAAGAAUUAAAUGCGAAUAUAUGGAAUUCUAUAUUUUUGGAGGAUAAAAAAAUAAUGAACCUUAUUUAAGGGUUAAUUUCACGGAUGAGGACCUAUAUGAAUCUGUUAAAAAAUGCGACAUGGUAAGAAAACAAAUUGGGAAUUAUUAUGCCAUGAUCGGUCAAACAAUUGAGGAUUUGUUGUAUUAGCCAAAAAUCUUCUGUGAUAACAUUGUUAUAAUUUCAGAUAUGGCUGUUUAGAAAUGUUUUAGAAAGGACAACGUUAGCUUUGAGUAUCUUUUGAAUUCAUAUAUAACAGAAGUAAAUCCAAAAGUAAAGAUUUUCUUUAUGGAUAUAAAUGGGUCUGGGAUAUCAAUAGGAGCUAAAUAAAAUUGCCAUUUCUUAUCAGGUGCAAGUGAACGAAUCUUAGAGUAUAUUACUAACCAAUACUUAGAUUAAGUGCAAGAAGUCAUAUCAUUUGCAAACACAUUAGGCAAUCAACAAAUAUUACAAAUAGAAUGA